GAUGAGAGACAAAACCCAAUCCAUUUUGCAUUUCUCACUAACUCCACCCGCGCCAUAGAAGUUUGAGUGACCAAGAACUAAACAACUGUCUCUAUCAAAAUUUAAUAGCCAUUAUGAUGUCUGGGGUUCAAACUCCAGAAAACUCUUCAGCAUGGAGCAAGGGCGUAUCAUCGAACAUGGAUCUCAUAGGGCGGCUCGGAGCGAUGCAGUCAGACGUGCAUUCUCAUAUGAUGGUAGAAUUGUCGGCUGUAAAAUCGUUUAUGUAAUAUUUUUCGUCGUUGUAAUAGCAUAAUUAAUCACACGUUCAAAAAAAAACAGUAAAAAUCGUUAGGUUACCCCAAAUACACUCUUCCAAGAGAAAACAAAACAAAAGACAAUUAACACCUUUUAGGGAAAUUAAUAAUCUACCAAACUUUUGUGUGCUUGAGCUAUAGCUAACAACCAAUCAGUACCGUUUAUUUAAUGCAGUUGAAAUAGUAUUUGAUAAAAAAGGUUGUUCGUUGGGAUUUGCAGAGAAAAUGUAUACUAAGAGCUUCUCUCACAUUUUAUCAUCUCCACUUAUCGUUGACUCUCCUUCUCCUUCUUCUUCUUCUUCCUCUCUCGCCGUCCCUUGCUUCUUCUCUCCGACUAGUCUUAAAUCAUCAAGCGCCAGUCUCCAGGCGACGUAUUUCCACAGGUACUCUCAUCCUCGGAGUCUAACGUCUUCGCUUGCCGCCGUAAUGUUUCCGGAAAACUCGGUACUCUCAGAUGUCUGCGCGACAGGAAUCUCCGGCGUCGUCGCGUUCUCGUGUCUUGGUUUCUGGGGAGAGGUUGGCAAACGCGGCAUCUUCGACCAGAAACUUAUCAGGAAGCUUGUGCACAUAAACAUUGGCCUUGUUUUUAUACUUUGCUGGCCACUCUUCAGUUCUGGACUCCAAGGAGCGCUUUUCGCUUCUCUUAUACCUGGACUCAAUAUUAUAAGGAUGCUUCUCCUGGGCCUUGGAGUCUACCAAGACGAAGGAACUAUCAAGUCUAUGAGCAGACACGGAGAUCGCAGGGAACUUCUUAAGGGACCGUUUUAUUAUGCACUCUCAAUCACAUCAGCAUGUAUCUUCUAUUGGAAGACAUCCCCUAUAGCCAUUGCAGUGGUAUGCAACCUCUGCGCAGGAGAUGGUAUGGCUGACAUUGUUGGGAGGAGGCUUGGAACAAAGAAGCUUCCUUACAACAGAAACAAGUCAGUAGCUGGUAGCGUUGGGAUGGCAAUCUCAGGGUUCUUAGCAUCUGUCGCCUAUAUGUACUACUUUGCUUCGUUUGGUUACAUCAAGAAUAGCGGGUGGGAUAUGAUUCUUCGCUUCUUCAUCAUCUCUAUAGCAUCUGCUCUUGUGGAAUCACUCCCUAUAAGCACUGACAUUGACGACAAUCUCACCGUUUCCUUAACAUCUGCCUUGGUCGGUACUCUACUCUUCUAAUUGUAGCAACGACUCUCUUGCCAUGUAUCAUUAAAUACAGAGUCAUCGAGCUUGAUUGCCUUGCCUCUGUGGUGUAAAACUCAGUAAAAAACAUUUUACAUUUGGUAAAGACUAAAGAGAAUAGUUCUAAGUUGUAACCAAGAACUAAACAAGUGUCUCUUUCAUAUUUUAAAUAUCCAUCGGACAUCGUUGCG